GCGACAAUCCCACAUAGUUUUUGUCUGACUUUCCUUAAGGAGGGAGAUUGCGGGAUUGUUGAUAACGAAGCGGCGUUCUCCGCUUUCUGGGAGUCACGAUUUGUCCCUUUCCCCGGCGAUUAUACGUGGCGUUCAAAAAUGAAUUGUAAAAAGGCCCUAUUACUUGUGUUUACCGCGCUAUGGGCCUGCGUUUCUGUAUAUUGCAAUAAACAUCCUACUAUUGUUAUCGCGAUUUUGGCACGAAACAAAGCUCACACUUUGCCAUAUUUUUUAACCUUACUGGAAAACCUAGAUUAUCCUAAGGAUAGAAUAUCGCUGUGGAUUCGUAGCGAUAAUAACGUAGAUAACACGAUAGAUGUGUUAAAAACCUGGUUAGAUUCUAAGAAUGGGAAAGAAAAAUACCACAGGGUUAGCUUCGAGUACGAUAAAAGCUCUAAAGGGUUUCAAGGGGAGAAAGGAAUAGCCGACUGGACACCUGAAAGAUUUAACCACGUCAUCGAUUUAAGGGAACAAGCCCUAGAGUAUGCGCGGGAUGUAUGGGCAGAUUUUCUCCUCAUGAUCGAUGCCGACGCAUUUUUAACUAAUCCAAAAACCCUCGAAGAGUUGGUAAAAAAAGGAGAGACUGUAGUCGCUCCACUUUUGAAGUCCGAUGGGAUGUACAGUAAUUUUUGGGCCGGAAUGACUGAGGAUUAUUAUUACAUGAGAACAGAUAGAUACAAGCCGAUAUUAAACAGAGAAGAAGUGGGAUGUAUCCACGUUCCUAUGGUUCACAGCGCUAUUCUUAUCAAUCUAAAAAGAAGCGAAAGCAAUUUCCUAACUUUCAAAGCUGAUAAACUUGGUCCGCAAAGAUAUGACGGGCCUAAAGACGACAUCAUAACGUUCGCUGUCGGCGCCAACGCUUCCGGUAUCCCAUUUUACAUUUGCAAUGAUCAAGUUUACGGUUUUGUCAUGGUCCCAUUGGAAAAUCAGAAUGGGAUCGUCCAGGAUGCUCAACAGCUAACGAAUUUAAAAUUAGAAAUACUGGCUCAUCAAGAACCGCUGCCACUGUCCGAACGUCUGGCACACCUUGUGACCUACCCGGAAAAGGAUACUAUGGGUAUGGAUAAAAUCUUCAUGAUAAAUCUUCUGAGGAGACCAGAGCGGCGGGUCAGGAUGAAUCGGUGCUUCAAGGAGCUUGGAAUUCUCGCCGAGACCAUCGACGCUGUGGACGGAAGAAUGCUCAACGAAAGCACGCUCAAAGAACGAGGGGUUAAAAUGAUGCCGGAGUACGCGGACCCCUACCAUAGAAGACCGAUGACCAUGGGCGAGGUAGGCUGCUUCUUGAGCCACUAUUCGAUCUGGAAAAAAGUGCUAGAAAACGAUUACGAAAAAGUGAUGAUCCUGGAGGAUGACAUCCGCUUUGAGCCGUUCUUUCGUCAAAAAGUAAAUUUUAUAACGCACGAGGUUGAGAGACUGAAGAUCGAUUGGGACUUGGUAUAUUUGGGGCGGAAACGGCUCCAGGAUCAGGAGGAACCUCCGGUCGAGGGAUCGAGAUACUUGGUGGUAGCUGGCUACAGCUAUUGGACUUUAGGAUACAUGCUGUCCAGACGAGGAGCUGAGAAACUUCUGAAUGCCAAACCGCUUGAUAACAUGGUCCCUGUCGACGAGUACCUACCAAUUCUAUUCGACAAACACCCAAGAACGGCAUGGAAGAGUCACUUUCCUACUAGAAAUUUGAUCGCAUUAUCGGCUGCCCCGCUUCUUCUCUAUCCGACUCAUUACACGGGGGAAAGGGGGUAUAUAAGUGAUACCGAAGACUCGACGGUAAUCACGGCCAUUCCGGAGAUCAAAACCCGAGAAGAGCUCUAAUCGGGCGUGACGCAUCGAUGCAGAUAGUGAUGCUGAAAUGCUGUUCUGAGGCUGAAGCUGUGGAUGUUUUAUAUCUGUUCUCCAGAUCUGCUUCAUUACUUCUCAUACUUCAAUCCAUUUCAAUCAAUUCGAAUGCUACCAAUUUAUCGGGGUUUUAUGAUAAUUCUCAUGUAUAAUACCUAUGAACGUAUACUCCGUGAUUCAAUGGAUCAGAAAUAUCAGUUUAUCAUACGAAGUAUGCACGAAUUAUGCAGAGAAUUAUUAAUAGAAAGUGCGUACACGAUCACGUCGAGUAAGUGUAUAAGUCUGAAUUCGUUGGGCGUGUUACAAUUUGAAAUCUUUACCAUCAGUUGUCUACUUUGUGCCAUAUAUACAUACUUUAAUGUUCGUAUCAUAUCCUCGAUGGUUAAAUAACCACUUUAUAUUUUUAUACUGGACGUGAUCGGAUUUUUGAUGCAGAAAAAAAUAACUAUGCUGAUUAUCCCUAACGCCAUACCAUAUCAAUUUCGUACCAUUGAAAUCUAAUAGAUCUUUGUGUACACAUAUCAUGCAUAUCCUUUAUUCUUGUGCUAUACGUAGAAAUGAGGAAUGAAUAAACAAUAUUUUAUUACAAAG